AUGACGGACCGUGAACGAAGAUUGAUCCAGACGAGCAUUAUCAGAUUCUCUCAUCAAACAAGUAAACAAGAUGGGAGAACAACCCCUGUUGCAGUCACUCCCCCUGUAUUAGAUAAUGAUAGGUACAAAGAAGCUUCUCCAUGGAUCGAUAGGUUAUUACCAAAGCAUUUAAUUCCGUAUGCACGGUUGGCAAGGCUGGAUAGGCCAAUCGGUACAUGGCUACUCUAUCUGCCAUGCACAUGGAGCAUAUCAAUGGCUUCAUAUCACGCCCAACUCCCAAUAUCACAGUCACUGCAAAUGCUUGGCUUGUUUGGCAUUGGCGCACUUGUCAUGAGGGGAGCAGGAUGUACGAUAAAUGAUAUGUGGGAUUCACGAAUCGACAAGCUUGUAGAAAGAACACAAUUACGACCUCUUGCAUCAGGGGAGAUAACACAGUUCGAGGCAUUGUCAUUCCUAGGAAUACAGCUAUCUGCAGGAUUGGCAGUUCUGACUCAAUUAAAUUGGUAUAGCAUAUUUCUCGGAGCUAGUUCGUUGGGGCUAGUGACAGUUUAUCCAUAUAUGAAACGUGUUACGUUCUGGCCUCAAUUAUUCCUGGGAUUGGCUUUUAAUUGGGGAGCUCUGCUUGGCUGGCCGGCCAUGUUGGGUAGCAGCAAUUGGGCUGUAACACUGCCUUUGUAUGCGAGUGGAGUGUGUUGGACUCUGGUAUUUGAUACAAUUUACGCUCACCAGGACAAAUUAUUUGAUUCGAAAAUUGGUAUGAAAUCAACUGCAUUACUCUUUGGUCAGAAAACACGUCUCUAUCUGUCGUGCUUCUCGGGUUCAAUGCUAUCGUUUCUCGCUUUUGCUGGAUACAUGAACAAUCAGGGGUUACCAUUUUACCUGAUUUCAGUUGUUGGAGCAGGUUCUCAUUUGACAUGGCAACUGCAAACUACCAAUUUUGACGAUAUUGCUGACUGUGGGAAAAAAUUCAGGAGUAACAAGUGGGUGGGUUUAUUGAUUCUCGGCGGAAUAGCCGCGGAUGGGAUAUGGCAAAGUGUUGCAAAUUAA